ACGCCAGGCGUAGCGGAAGUGCCUCCCGCCGCGGUGUUGUGCUGUGGGGAAGGGAGACGGAUUUGUAAACCCCGGAGCGAGGUUCUGCCUACCCGAGGCCGCUGCUGUGCGGAGACCCCGGGGGAAACCACCGUCACCAUGUCUGACCAGCAGGUGUCUUCACUCUGAUGCUUGUCUCCUUGCCGGCAAGGUUACUUUGUGUCUUGUUCCAGGCAGGAGAAAGGGAUGGAGCAAAGGAUAAAAGUAUGCCAAAAAGAGGCAAAACCUUCAACUGAGGACUUGGGGGAUAAGAAGGAAGGAGAAUAUAUUAAACUCAAAGUCAUCGGACAGGAUAGCAGUGAGAUUCACUUCAAAGUGAAAAUGACAACACAUCUCAAGAAACUCAAAGAAUCAUACUGUCAAAGACAGGGAGUUCCCAUGAAUUCACUCAGGUUUCUCUUUGAAGGUCAGAGAAUUGCUGAUAAUCACACUCCAAAAGAAUUGGGAAUGGAGGAAGAAGAUGUGAUUGAAGUUUAUCAGGAACAAACAGGGGGUCGUUCAACAAUUUAGAUAUUUUUAUUUUUUCUUUUCCCUUAAUCCUUUUUUAUUUUUAAAAAUAGUUCUUUUGUAAUGUGGUGUUCAAAACAGAAUUGAAAACUGGCACCCCAUCUCUUUAGAACAUCUGGUAAUUUGAAUUCUAGUGCCCAUUAUUCAUUAUUGUUUGUUUUCAUUGUGCUGAUUUUUGGUGAUCAAACCUCAGCCCCAUUCAUAUCGCCCUCUCCUUUUUAAAAAUUAUGUGUGUGCACAGAGAGGCCGCCUUUUCCAGGACUGUGCAUUUACAGGCUUGUGAUAAAUAAGAUUGACUAAUGCGAGUGUUCAUAAUGACUUUCCAAUUGGCCCUGAAGUUCUAGCAUGUGAUUGCUUCACUCCUGGACUGUGACUUUCAGUGGGAGAUGGAAGUUUUUCAGAGAACUGAACUGUGGAAAAAUGACCUUUCCUUAACUUGAAGCUACUUUUAAAAUCUGAGGGUCUGGACCAAAAGAAGAGGAAUAUCAGGUUGGAGUCAAGGUGACAGAGGUGGUGAAAAUAAUGACUAACUCCAAAGAUGGCUUCACUGAAGAGAAAGCAUUUUAAGAUGAAAGAAAAAUCUUGUCAGAAGAUCCCAGAAAAGUUCUAAUUUUCAUUAGCAGUUAAAGUUAUUCAUGCAGAAGUGUAUACAGCAGAACGCUGCUCUUUUUGACUUUAUUUGUACUUUUUGGCCUGGGAUAUGGGUUUUAAAUGGACAUUGUCUGUACCAGCUUCAUUAAAAUAAACAAAAUAUUUGUAAAAACCGUA